AUGGUGUCCAAAUGGGAAAUAUUGAUUAUUACACUUUGUUCAUUGUUUAUUCAAAAUGUUCUCACCGCAACUCGCCGAUGGCCUACCCGACCUCGGAUACCGCGGGUCCCUGGUUGCCGAGACUUGCUGGACGUUAUUGUGGUCGUGGACGGAUCGGACAGUAUCACGGCUAAGGAUUUUGUCACCCUGAAGCGAUCACUGGUGGACUUAAUUGACGGACUACAGUUGGCGGAUGACCAGGCAAGGUUUGGACUUGUUCUUUACAGUAGUGAUGUGGCCGCCAAACUUCCACUUAGUGCAGACAGAAGGCGACUGCGCAUUGAUACAUUGUCACUUAUUCAUCCGCGGGACGGAACACGAACUGACCUGGGUAUCCAAGCCAUGCGACAAAUGUUCUCGAUGCAAGGCCGACGUAAUGUCCCUCGCGUCGGUAUCGUAAUCACCGACGGAAUAUCCAAGGUUCCAACACAGACUGCCCGACAAGCUAAUGCCGCCCAGACGGAGGGAAUAGAUAUGUUUGCUGUUGGCGUCACUCAACUCAUCGACAACGACGAACUGCGGGCUAUAGCUAGUAACACAUCUAACGUCAUGUCUGUAUCGUCAUUUGACCAACUGAAGAAUGUCGUUUCGUCGCUUGUUCGCCAAGUAUGUCCAACAACAACCACAACCACAACAACAACGACGACGACAACGACAACGACAACAACAACGACAACUACUCCGGCACCGACUACAACCACAACCACGCCCACAACAACCACAACGACGACAACUCCUGCACCAACCACAACCAAGCCAAUAGACCCUUGUGAUGGCUGUAGGAUGAAGAAUGGCGCUGGGUUCAAUAGACAUCCCACAGACUGUGAUAAGUUCGUACAGUGUUACUUUACAGCGGACGGGAAGCGGCAACAUUCCAUACAGGAAUGUCCGUGGGGUAAUUUUUGGGAUCAAGACUCCAUGACGUGUCAGCCUGCUCAUAUGGUCUACUGCUUGACGGACAAAUGUGGCGAUCCUUACAUGCAAGCUCACAAGCACACUGCGGACUGCCGGUCGUUCUGGUACUGCAACAGCCGAAAGUCAUUCCCCAUGUGUUGUCCAAUGAAUACGUCAUUCGUCGAGAACGUCGGCUGCGUCCCUGACAACAGUUGCCAAGAACAUUGCCCACCACGUGAUUCUGGCAACCCUCCAAGAUUCGUCAAGAGGCAUCAAGACACAAACGAACCACCAAUUUUGGCGGCACCUGUACCGAAUGUCGGCCAUGCUUCUCCGAAACAGAAAGAAUGUGACAAGAAAGAGAUAGCAGACGACCCAAAACAUUUCGAGCAGCUCGUCCCUCGCAGUGGUUGGGUGAGGAUGCCGUGUGCCCCCGGAACAAGCUUCAAUCCCACUGACUGUCAAUGUACCGUGAUGUCCGAGUACAUAAAAAAGGAUGAAGGCUGUAAAUCGAAAGUGAGUCUGAACUUCGCCACCUAUAUAGAGGAAAGCAAGGACAAAUCCGUGUAUGUCGUAAACGAGAACGUUUCCGUUGCACAUGGUGUCGCAAUUUUCGACGGAAAGAGUUCCCUGCGCGUGCCGCAGCUGUCCAACAUGGACCUUGGUGACACUGUAAUAUUAAAAAUCCGAUACAAGGACAAGCCCAAACGACAUCCCCGGGCCACAAACCGACCCCAGGCUCUCAUCAGUAACGGUGACUGUGGAAACAACGCAUCCGUGUUGCUUGCCAAGGACGACACCAGUAUAAUGUUCGGAGCGGAGACGGACAAGGGCGGAUACACCAGUUUCUCGAUACCUACCCCUGACACUGAGUGGAAGGAUGUGACGUAUUCCUUCAACGAUGGGGUUCUGGAAGGGAAAGUCAAUGACGUAAUAUACGCACAGAAAUCUGAAGGAGUGAUAGAACGCCGCCCCUGCGCUCUCCAGAUAGGCCACGGGCAAGAUAUGGACGAUUUUGAAGGAGAAAUGGAUGACAUCGAGUUUUUUACCUGUAAACCCGAUGAUGAGGAUAAAUGA